AGUUGCCCGGAGCUCAGCCCCCCCGGGACGACGAGGCUGUAGGUAGCUGCACUGGCUAGGUCCACUGAUUCUAUAUGAAAGGGUCUAAGAGACCACUGUGACUGGGCUGGAUGAAAACUCCCAUAGGAGAUGCCAGUUGGGAUGGCUCGGGACCUGGAGGAAACUGGCUCGUCCUCGGAGGAGGAAGAGGUGGAAGAAGGGCCAGAGGAUCACCCAUGCAUCAUGUGGACUGGUGGCUGCAGGAGGAUCCCCAUAUUGGUGUUUCAUGCAGAAGCCAUUCUGACCAAGGAUAGUUACAUCCGCCUGAUUGGAGAGCGCUAUCGCUUGUCCUAUAAGAUUGUGAAAACAGACAGCCGCCUGGUGCGCAGCAUUCUGACUGCCCAUGGAUUCCACGAGGUACACCCCAACAGUAGUGAUUAUAACCUCAUGUGGACGGGAUCCCACCUGAAGCCCUACCUGCUGCGCACCCUCUCAGAUAUUCAGAAAGUCAACCACUUCCCCAGGUCCUAUGAACUGACCCGGAAAGACAGGUUGUACAAGAAUGUUAGUCGCAUGCAGUACACCCACGGGUUCAAGACAUUCCACAUCUUACCUCAGACCUUCAUCCUACCAGCAGAGUACCAGGAGUUCUGCAGUUCUUAUUCAAAGGACAGGGGUCCCUGGAUAGUGAAACCUGUGGCCUCUUCCAGGGGGCGAGGUGUCUACCUGAUCAACAAUCCAAACCAGAUUUCCCUGGAAGAGAAUAUCCUGGUGUCCCGCUACAUCAACAACCCCCUGCUCAUAGAUGAUUUCAAAUUCGAUGUGCGCCUGUAUGUACUGGUGACGUCCUAUGAUCCACUUGUUGCCUACCUCUACGAGGAAGGACUAGCCAGGUUUGCGACUGUGAGAUAUGACCAGGGAACCAAGAACAUUAAAAACCAGUUCAUGCAUCUGACCAACUACAGUGUCAACAAGAAGAGUGGAGACUAUGUCAGCUGUGAUGACCCUGAAGUGGAGGAUUAUGGGAACAAGUGGAGUAUGAGUGCGAUGCUGAGGUACCUGAAACAAGAAGGGAGAGACACAACAACACUGAUGGCCAAUGUGGAGGACUUGAUUAUUAAGACCAUUAUUUCUGCUGAGCUGGCAAUUGCCACAGCCUGUAAAACCUUUCUUCCACACCGUGGCAGCUGCUUUGAGCUGUAUGGUUUUGAUGUCCUUAUUGAUGCUACUCUCAAGCCCUGGCUACUGGAGGUGAACUUAUCCCCAUCCCUGGCCUGUGAUGCUCCUUUGGACCUGAAGAUCAAAGCUAGCAUGAUUUCGGACAUGUUUACCCUUGUAGGCUUUGUGUGCCAGGAUCCGGGCCAGCGGUCAAGCCGGGUAGCCCAUCACUCAUCUGAGUCUGCCAGAAGAAAUCCCUUUCAGAAGCCUCAGCGUGCCCGCCCUCUGUCUGCCAGUGAUGCUGAGGUGAAAAACGUGAUGACCUCAGGCAGGGAAAAGGUAGCCGGAAAGCAAAGUGCCUCCAUGCUGGGCCUGUCCAUGGAGGAGAUAAAAGUUCUGCGUCGAGUGAAGGAGGAGAAUGAGCGGAGAGGGGGUUUCAUCCGGAUAUUCCCAACGCCACUAACAUGGGAUCUUUAUGGAUCCUACCUAGAGCACAAGACAACAAUGAAUUAUAUGCUGGCCAUACGUCUCUUCCAGGACAGGGCCAGGAUGAGAAGAGGCCCAGUUUCUGGAAGAGCCCGAGCUGCUCUUAAUGGGGGAGUGGAUCUGGGGCUGGAAGCCAUGGAUUCUAAUGCUAAACUUCGUGCUGCGCUGUAUGAGAGGAAGCUCCUGUCGCUGGAGGUACGGAAGCGCAGACAAUGUCAUAGCAAGAUGAGAGCAGCACGGGCAAGACCACCAGGGACUUCCAAGCUAAAGGAAAUGCCUCUCAAGUCGGACGCAGAGAGUGAGGAAGAAGAGGAGGCACAUGAGGAUGAAGAAAUAGAGGUAACUCAGGAUGAAACUGCUGCCUCUCUUACGGAUAUGCAGGUGAAAUGCAAGCCAAACCUGGCGGAGAUGAUGGAAGCUGUCUGCCGAGAGAACGUGCUGAAGGAGCCUGAACAGAAAGCUGGAGGUGGAGGGGCAGAGCUGCUUCUCCAGGAAGUGGAUCCAGAGCCUCGAUUUAACUUGCUGCAGAUUCUACAGGAGAAUGGGAAUCUAAGCAAAGUGCAGGCUCGCAGAGCUUUCUCUGCCUACCUGCAUCGUGUUCAGCUGCGUCUGAUGAAGGAGGUCGGAGACCAGAUCCACAAUGCUGCCUGGGCUGCUAAGGAGGAUGAGCAAAUGGAGCUGGUGGUACGCUUUCUGAAACGAGCAGCCAGCAAUCUUCAGCAGUCUUUGAGGAUGCUACUCCCCAGUCGACGUCUGGCCCUGAAUGAUCGUAGGCGCAUCCUGGCUCACCAGCUUGGUGAAUUCAUAGUCUGUUAUAACAAGGAAACUGAGCAGAUGGUUCAGACAAGAUCAAAAAGGAAACAGGAAGAAGAGGAAGAGGAGGGUGUGAAUGCUGAAGGUUUUCAGGACUUUGUUACUAAGGCAAGUGAGAGUGACCUGGAGGAGGUGCUGACAUUUUACACACACAAGAAUAAGUCAGCAAGUGUCUUUCUGGGAACAAACCCCAGGACCACAAAGCCUAGCAGCAGCAUCAACCAGUCAGAAAGCAGGGCCCAAGGAGAUCUUCCUGAGAUGGUGGAACAAGUGAAAAGGAAUCAGUCCCAACAUUCAGUGGCAGACUCAAGUGGAGAAGGAGAGCUGAGAGACUACAAGCCCAAAGAAGCCAGGCCAUCCCGGCCCCUGUCUUCCACAGAAGAUGAGUCAAAAUUACUCCGGUGCAACCACCCUCAUGCUUCCUCCUCUGUUCCUGGUGCCACGCUCCAGAGAAGCAUCAGUUCCCAGUUGUCAUCUCAUGCCACAGCCUCUAAAAACACACAGGUGCCUGGUCACCACUCCUCCCUGGCUUCUGUAGCUGGUCCCAAACUGACUCAGUCCCCACCCUCCCCACCUUCUUUCCAGAGCCAGAGUACAAUCCCUGACAACUGGUCUGUCUCCACAAACCCAGUGUCCCACCAGACGUCUAACCAUGCAGGGUUGCAUCGUUGUCGGUCUGGCAGCUACACCAUUGGGCCCUUCUCGUCAUUUCAAAGUGCUACUCAGAUCUACAGCCAAAGACUGUCCCGACCAUCCUCUGCUAAAGCAGGUUCGUGCCAUCGCAGUCCAAGUGGGCAGCGUGUGGGCUCAGCCAGGGUGCACAAGGAUGCAGAAAACAGUUCUUCCCAGAGCAGACGCUACAACCACAGUAUUGUAGCAGCAGAGCUGCAGCGGCUGGCGGAAAAGCAAGCAACCAGGCAAUAUUCCCCACCCAGCCACAUCAGCCUCCUUACACAGCAGUUAACAAACCUGAACCUGGCAAGUGGAGCUGUAAGCAGAGGGAGCACAGCCUCCCCUAUCAGCCACCGGUCAGCACUUAACACAGCAGGGUCAAUGUGGGCUGUUCAGCCAGAUACUUCCACAACUGACAGCAAGCCUACCUCCUCAGCAGUCAGGGCUCUAAAGAAUGACAGCUUUGCCUGGGAAGGAGAAUUAGAGAACUGUGUCUACAGCAAGGUGACAGGAAGCCAGCUGGCACAUCCCAAGUAUCAGCCAACUGCUGGCAGCUAUCAGCUCCAUUUUGCCGUGCAGCAACUCCAGCAGCAGAAGCUUCAGUCCCGACAGCUCUUGGAGCAGAGUCGAGCCCGGCACCAGGCUCUCUUUGCCAACCACCCGCCACCCAGCUCCAGCAAUAUAUCCAUGCCAGUUGAUUCUGGUGCCCGCAAGACAUCAAGUGCCACUUCCAGCAUCCAGAAGGCAACCAGUUCGCACGAAGUGAUGCCAUCCCAGAGUACAUCCUCUCACCUGGUCCCCAAGCCUCCAGCCAACCAUAGGCAGGCAGUGGUCAGAAAAGUGGCAGCCCAGAGGAUUUCCAAGGUAACUUCUACAGAAGGGCAGCUGAAUGGAUUCCAGAACAGCCUUAGCAGUGCAGCAUCCUGUGAGCCAGGCACAAAAUCCACAGUACCAGCCAAAAGGCAUAAGAAAUACGUGAAAAGGGGGCGCUUCCUGGGCAUCCAUUAUUACCGGGCCUAUGUACAAUACCGCCAGUCGCUGGAUAUGCGACAUGGCUCAGCAGGUUCCUGGUACUGCUCCCUGAAUGGCAGGCACGAGGCAGACAGAUACAACAGGGAAGACUACCCUAUGGUGAUGCCAGCGUGGUCACCUGAGGAAGAUUAUUCCUCCUCGGGCUCUGAGAAUCCUUCUCACAAGCACCUGCUCACCCAGGAGGUGCAAGCCCUCCUACGACUGGGGGCCUUAGAGGAAGUUCCUGUGGAACAAAGAGAGAGAGGUUUUUACUCCUGGUAUUUUCUCAUUCCAAAGAUCGCCUAUGACCUGCGAAACCUCAACAAAUACCUCAAAAAGUUGAGGUUCCGCCUGGCCUCCAUCAUUCCCAUCCUGGAGACUGCGACGGCGCCAAGAGUGGUUACAAAGUGCAUGGUGGUAGUCGCAGCCUACCUCAGGCAUUGGGGUAUCCAGAUAUUUCCCUAUCUCGACGACUGGCUCAUCAAGGGCCACUCUGAGCAGCAGGUCACAUUCCUUGUAGCUAUUACCUUGGCGAGGCAAGUGUUCGAGAUUAAAGCCCUCACUUCAGACCCCCCAUAUACAGUGUUCUACAAGGACAAGGUGCAUCUGCCGCCCUGUCCAGCCUUCCUGCCAAAGGUGGUGUCACACUUCCAUGUCAACCAGAAUGUCUUCCUCCAGGUGUUGUGUCCAAAGCCUUACAUGACCAAUGAGGAGAGGUGUCUGCACACUCUAGAUGUCAGGCGCACCCUGGCUUUCUAUCUGGAGCGCACCAAGCCCUUCCGCAGAUCGACUCAGCUCUUUAUCACGUUAGCUGACAGGAUGAAGGGCCUUCUGGUGUCCUCUCAGAGGAUUUCGAAUUGGAUCACCACCUGCAUCCGUACUUGUUACGAGUUGAUGCAGGCUGUGCCUCCACUGAUAGUGAAGGCUCACUCUACUAGGGAUCAGGCAUCUUCGGCUGCCUUCCUGGCCCAUGUCCCCAUCCAGGACAUCUGUAAAGCCGUGACGUGGUCAUCGGUACACAUUACCACAUGUAAUGCUAUGCAUUACGUCAUCUGGGUGAUGCUAUGCGGUACAUCAUCUGGGUGA